ACUCCCCGCGCGACCCCCCAAUCUUCCAUUUGCAAAAAUGGACUCACUCAUGCAGACAGACCAUGCUCUCCCCCAGCGCCGUCAUCGCAAGAUGCUUAAGGACGGCUCUGCAGAAGUCUGGCCCCAGGACGCUGAGGAUGUCUUCCUUGAGGGUCUCAAAGAUUACUGGAACUCCCCCUGGGCAAACACAAGCAGAGGGCGCUCUCGUUGGCGCAACCAAUAUCUUGUCGACUAUCUCAAGAAGUUCGGCAUUGAAAGAUCCAAGAAACAGGUAGCUUCGCAUAUACAAGUGCUUAGAAAUAUGUGGAAGGGCCAUCCAGAAUUCGCCUUAGUAGCAGGUCCAGACGCCAUGUCUGAAGGCUCGUCUACCUCGGAUAGAUAUUCUCCCCCUCAGCGGAGUAAUAAGCUUACUUCUCGUUCACCGACAUCACGCCGUCGACCCUCCAUUUCCCACUCAUCACCGCCCUCUACCCCGACUUCGAACGGCUCAGAAUACUCGGAGGCGGUUCUGAAGGACCCUCACCACCCACAAGGCUUGCAUCUCUCGCCAUCGAUCACAUCUCAACCUCCUGUAAUCAAGUCGGAGCAUCUUCAAUCACCUCAAGGUUCACUUUUCGAGCCAUCCGGCCUCCCUUCAGUCCCUGAAGUUGCGCUGGAACAGCCGCAGUCAGCGGCGCCCAACAGCACGGUCGGAUUUUGCCUAUGGGCGCAGAACAUCGAACCUACCUAUGUCGAUGUAGAUGCCCUGCCGUUUGUAGACAAACCCACCUCGCCAGGUUCACCAGUACCGCCACAACUACCGCUUAGGGGCAUCCCACGCGCCUGCCUGCGGUUCACCCUUCGAUUGCCGACAGAAGGAAGCGGAUGCGAUGCAAUGGGCUUUAGUGGUGCCAUCACAUUUUCACGGCCGCUUGCGUCUUCCGCUAGAGUCGUGACGCGCGUGCAUAUAAACAACGUCCCAGUGUCUCAGGAGGUCCAGCCCCUCGUCCCUGUUCAUGAUCAAGCAAACGCUGCGCUCACGGGCCAGGCGAUGCAAGAACGGCAUGUCGCGAUGCUCCCUGACUCCUGUCUGUCUCGGUGCAACCUUCUGAAUACGGCUGGCAAAAAAACUCGUAUUAUCCAACAAGUUAUCGUAGACGCCGAGCCGCUCUUCGUCGUUGGAUAUGACCUUUAUCGCCUCCCGGUUCCGCACCUUACUGCGGAGCUCUCGUCAUGGACGAAGGUGGUCGACAAUAGACCUCCACCAGAGCCGUCACUAGACCCGUUGCCUAUCGGUAUGGGUCGAUUUGGUGCGGGAAGCUCUGCGAACGAGUAUCUAUACGGUACCGCAGGUUCUCUCCCUGCGCACGUAUCUCGGAAUACGCCGCCGCACAGCCACGGUUUUGGGCACUCGCGCGGGCAUAGUGUCGGGAGCCCGACGGUCGGACACCCGAUAUCACCGACUACGAGCUUAGGGUCAACACAGAUCUCGGCGUCACUGUCCACCGGACCCAGUCAGGCCACGCCGACACACGCAAACUUCACAACACUCGGUUCACCAAUGGCACCGACGAGUCCGCACGGUUCGUCAUCUGGCUCUUCAACGGCGCGCUCGCGCUCCAGUUUUAGCCAGGGCAAUGUGGGCAUGGGCAUGGGCAUGACAUCCGGUGUCAAUUUCCCGUUGGCCCAUCACGGACACGGAAAUGGACACGGCUCUUUGAUGGGCUCCGAAAAUUUUGGUCAGGACCCUUGGACGAGCAAUCUUCUACCUUUGUUCUGAACGUUUUCUUUGUCAUUGUGACCACACGGCGCCCUACGUGUUCUAUUCGAGCCCUGAACGGGUCGUAUUCUUCUUCCCCUUCCGCUUUCACGCCGCAAUACAAGCAACACGGUGGAAAGCAACGGGUCACGACUUCACGACACCUCCGCAGCAUCACUCGCACGCAGAAGCACACCAUAUCGAACUUGAAUCAAUAAAGUAUUUGUAUAUAUCACCCUAUUCUUCAACCUCUCUCUCUGCAGUCACUCGCCGGUGACACGCAAGUUCUCGCCCAACCUACUUUCUCCACCCUUCACCGAACCCACAAUUUCGAAUUCUUCGCAUUCGCUGAAUAUAUUCACCCCCUUCGCUCUUCACCACUCCUACUUUUAAGCUGUGACGCCGAAGAAACCGGUCUCCCGGCUGAACUUUUUUCUUCGAGUGACUUUGCUUCUCCCCUGUUUACCUUCUUGGGCAGCUGGACUUCUCGGCUCAUAUCACCGACUCGCAGAACCUCCUCACGCACGUUUUUCGUUGUGAAGCCAUCUCCAUCGCACCUGGCGACGCAACAAUUCCCCAUCCCUCUUCCCGCUCAUCUACCACCAUUCGAAUUUCCACAAUCUUCUCCGUUUUUAUCAUCAAACUCUUUUCUUUUCUGUGUCGCAUACAAUAUCAACAGAAUCACACUGUAUAGCACCUAUCUUCUCCCUUUUCCCCCUAUAUUUGUAUGUUAUAUCUGUUUCUGAUUAACUUUUUUUCGAUCUUCUCUCUCGAACUUUCUGUCUGCUUUGCAUAUCCUCAAUUACCACUCAGAUUUGUCUGUCAAAAUUUAUCCCACCCGGUCAUUUGGUACCUCCAUCUGUGUAUGGACGUCGUCAUGCCAUAUUGCCAUAUUUCACC